AUCUGCCGGGGCCUCCCGGCCAGGCUUGCGGAAAUAGACGAGGCCUUGGGCUGGCCACGAGGACUGUUUGAAGCCGUGGCAAGAAUAGCUAGCGGCCGUAAGGCACUAGCAAAGCAUUUCACAGAGUCAGCAGCCAUCAACCACACGCAUACCUCGUCGCAGACGUCGCGUAGACAUCUUACAGGCAAGGCACACUCGCCCAGCAUACCACUGACACCAUUCACAAUCAUGGUUGCACGCACGACUGCCGUCUUCGCCCUGUUGGCAGCUGGCAGUGAUGCUCUGUCAGUGGUCUCGUCGUACAAGUCUUACAAGUCUCGUCGCCAUUUGCUCAGCAGCUUGACCUUCGGAGCCGCCGGCGCGGCCGCUGUGUUGGCACCGAAUGCUGCGUUCGCGAGCGGCGUCAGCCUCGAGGAGGCGGCCAUCAACGCGGAGAAAUACCGCGUCAAGGGUAAGCAGUGCACACCAACGAACCCGGCCGAUUGCACGGCGCGCUACAACCAGAUGCUCGACCCGCGCGCGGGCCGCACGAAGGAGGAGCUCGCGGCGAUGGACAAGCGCGACGCGAAGGAGCUGUCCAUGCUCGAAACCAUGUUGUCCGACGUGAAGUACGAGAGCACGGGCAAGGGGAAGUAGUCGGUCGUAUGUAGCCCCCGCGACGUCGGAGCUGUCCACUCGAGCUGUUGUAACAUUGUAUCGACCGAAAACUACUAGUAGCUAACGCCAAUUACUCACCUUCACACGUCCC